CGUGUUCCGCCUUCGGACAGACCUCGAGUCUCCAAGCUUUCGCCUCGGGGGAAGUUUAGCUGAGCGGCCGAGAAAGGGCUGGAGCCUCUUGCUAGCACCAGGGGUACAUGGAAGGAAGAGCAAGGCAGCCUCCGAGCAUGUGCAGAGUGUAUUCCCCUCUGGGAUAGAGAUGCUAGAUUUUUUAGGGGAAAGCAGCGCCCGGAUGCAGAUGUGAGCAUGUCAUCCAAGGAGGGCCCCUCUUUGAAGGAGGCCUCUUUGGGGUCUUCGGUAACCCUAAGCCUUCCUGGGGUCUGCGAAGAGCUGAGCAAGACCUUUCCAUGGACCAACAAGAAAAGGAAAAGUGGCCUCUCCAAGCUUUGCAAGAAGAAAACAUCUUUGUCAGAAAAUGGAUGGAAUUCCUAUUGCUUGUCUUCCUUGGCGGCCCGGAAUAUCUGUACCAGCAAACUUCACAGCUCUUGGACCCAGUUGAAAUCCACUUCUCUCUCUUGUUCGAUAUGCAAUGCCUCUUCCUGUUCCCUCUUAAACGUCCUGGCCUUGGGAGAAUCUACUCAGGCCCUGCCAACGUCUAUUCGUAAUCCAAACAAAGCCAUCUUUACUGUGGAUGUCAGAACAACUGAGAUUCUAGUUGCAAAUGACAAAGCUUGCAAGCUUCUUGGUUAUAGUACCCAGGAAGUGAUUGGCAAGAAAUUAUCUCAGAUGAUUUCAAAAUCCAGUUGGGAUAUUAUGGAAGCACUAAAGGAAGAUCGUACUGAUGCUGAAGAACAUGAACACGUUUUUCCUGGAAUAGUGGCAGAUGUUAUUUCCUGUAGCAAUGAGAAGAUCCCAGUCUCUGUUUGGACCAGAAGAAUUAAAACACAUCAAAAUAAAUACUGUGUGGUUGUUCUGGAGCCGGUGGAAAGACUCUCUGCCACUGUUUUUUUCACAAGCAAUGGAGAGAUUGUUUCCUGCGACCUGCUUUUUGCUCAGCUUCAUGGUUAUGCCGCCUCGGAAGAUGUGAUUGGUCAUUACAUAACAGACCUGAUUCCUUCUAUUCAAAUCCCUACUCCUGGCAAAAAAAUACCCCAGAAUAUCAAGAUUCAAAGAUCUGUUGGCCGAGCGAGGGAAGGGACAACAUUCCCGCUCAGCCUAAAGCUGAAAGUGAACUUGCCUGAUCAAGAAAGUAUCCCACUACUAGAUAACAAUGAGCCCGAAGUUGAGGCUGACAUUUCAGAAGACCACACAGCAUCCUUCCCCAUGAAUUGUUCUUUCUGUGCCACCAUCUGGGUGUUUACAACCAUCAAUGGAUUGAUAACUGUUCAAGCCGACGGUACAAUUUAUGGAAUCAGCAACACAUUUUCUCUAAUGCUGUUUGGUUAUGAGAAAAAAGAGCUACUAGGACAGAACAUCACAUUUUUGAUUCCUGGUUUUUACAAGUAUAUGGACAAAGCUGGGAACUCCUCUCUGCAGCUCCAGAGGUCUAGAGGAAGUUCUGAUGCAGAAAAUGAGAGCAAAUUAAAAAAACCCCGGGUGGAUGGCUGUAGUACAGUGGAAAUUAAUGAAGGAAUCGCUCCGUACACUACUGGGGAUAUGUCUUCGUUGGGCCUGCAAGAACAGGAAUUAACUGGGAGCGAUGGAGCACAGUUCCAUAAUGGGAAUGGUACCCAGCAGAGAAAUGGUGGCAGUUUGCUUACUUUUUUGUCACCUCCACCACAAGCAUCCACGCCAGUUAAUGGUAGAGAUUCCACAGUUAGCAUGAAUGUAUCUGCUGCUGAUCAGGUUCUGCCUUCUGAGAGACUAUCUGAAGACUGCACCGAUCAUCAGGCAAGAAAGCCAGCUAACACCCAACAAUGCGAAAUCUCUUCUUUAAAUAAGUCUCAAUGUGAACUCUGUCUGUUAGAAAGUAGAACUGAGCAACAAGAAAAGGAUCUUGUCAGGAAAAGUUGUGGCCUGCUUCAGGGAGAAGAAGAAGGUGAUGCUAUAGAUACCCACAGUUUUCGUUUUCCACAUGAAAGGAUGGAAUCUGUCCCAGUAAUAAAAAGUGAUGGAGCAGAGUUCCAGAAAAGGGAAGAAAUACUGCAGGAUGUUGAAUUUAACCCACCUUCACUUGUGUUGCCACAGGCAGAGGUGUCUACAUCAGUGAACAGGGAAGAUACAGCAGGUAGCCAUGUGCUAGAUCCUGAUGAACUUUUUCCUUCUGAGAAUCUACAAGAUGGACACUUCACCAAGACUGCAAAACCUCUAAGUUCUCAGGAAAAUGAAGCUUGUUUCUCACAACAAUUGCAUAUGGAGCCAAAUGUGUUAGAAGAUGAAACUAAAGUGCAGGAGAGGGUUCUCUCCAGGAACAGAUCUGACUUGCUUCAGAAAGAAGGAGAAGAUGGUCUUUCUGAUAAACAUGCUUCUGGUUUGCUACCUGAAACCUUGAACUGCCAAUAUACCCCUACAUCUAAUCGGAGAAGUGGUUCUCUUCUGGAUGAUGAGACUUCAGCCAGUCAUAUGCUAGAUGACUUUAGACAUGAGACAAGUGUGCCUUGUGAUGCUGUUCAUGUAUCAUUUGGCACUCCAACUCUGGAUGAGCCAAUGUACAAUGCAGUGUGUUGUCUCCAGGAAACCCGUGGGCCUUUGGAACGUAGGGAAAGAAAUGGGGGCCUUGGAAGUGUUCCAUUAGAAAGUGACUUGCCAGCCUUUUUGUCUGAGAAAAGGAGCAUCAGCUCUCCUCUUUCUGUAGGACUGUUAUCUCCUUGUGAUGACCUUGCAGUUGCAGAGGGAAAGACCACUGAUGUGACAGACUCUCUUUGCUGCGACAUGAAGGAUUUGGCUGUCGGUAGUGGAGAAGCAUGUUCAGAUGCACCUGAACUGACACAACUCUCGUUAAAUGAGGAAGAUCAUGGUCAGUCCCUGGACCGGAUGAAUAAUACUUCUGCAAGCAAUCAAAUAGAGCUCCUCUUGAAAGGUGAUUCUCCAACUUGCUGUCGGAGAAACUUGGUCGCUAGUAAACAUUCAGGCCUCUCUAGUUUAGAUGUCUCUAGAAACUGUUCAUCAGGGUCUGGAGAGAGCACGGCCCCCCACCUAGAAAUGCAUUCUCUAGGCAAUGAGGAACGGUCCCAAGAAGAAUUUAUGGCAUUAAAACAAGUAACAUCUACUCCGGUGAAAGCGCUAUCUCCAGGAAUCAGUUUGAACAACGAGAUCCAGGAAGGAAGCUAUGCAGGCAACUGCUACCACAGAGAUGGUUCCAAGCUCAGUAUACUUUUUGAAGUAAAGCGUGUAGAAUUACAAGACCCUGCUGCUCUCUUUUGUGUUUGGGUUAUGAGAGACCAUUUCCAGAGUCAGAAAGAAGCAGCCGCAAAGACUCAUUUACUUCUUUCCAGAUUGGCCAGUUCCUCUCAAACUCUUGUAGAUGUCUCUGCUGUCAACUUGGCAGAACUGAUAAAAACAACACCUUUGUUUGAGAAUUCACGACGAGUUGAAGAACUGGAAAAACUGAAGGCUUGUGAGGGAGAAUAUGGAAAAAAGUAUGAUACACUUGGACUCAUUGGCAAAGGAGCCUUUGGAUUUGUUUGGACAGCCAAAUGUAGAAAAGAUCAAAAAGAGGUUGUAGUGAAGUUCAUAUGGAAAGAGAGAGUAUUGGAUUAUUGCUGGGUAGAGGACCCUGAAUUGGGGACAAUCACACAGGAGAUUUUAAUUUUGAGAAAGCUUCAGCACCCCAAUAUUAUUAAGAUACUUGAUGUAUUUGAGAACCGACAAUUCUUCCAGUUGGUGAUGGAGAAGCAUGGGUCCGGCCUGGAUCUCUUCACGUUCAUUGAUAACCAACCUGAUCUGGAUGAACCUUUGGCAAGUUACAUAUUCAGACAGCUUGUGUCUGCAGUGAGCUAUCUACGUUGUCAGAACAUCCUUCACAGAGAUAUCAAGGAUGAGAACAUCAUAAUUGCCGAAGAUUUCACUAUCAAGCUGAUAGACUUUGGUUCAGCUGCUUACCUGGAGCCUGGCAAGCUGUUCUAUACCUUUUGCGGAACUAUUGAGUAUUGCUCACCAGAAGUGCUCUCAGGCAAUCCAUAUCUAGGACCGGAACUGGAGAUGUGGUCACUUGGUAUCACACUUUAUACCAUAAUUUUUGGAGAAAAUCCUUUUUGCGAGCUGGAAGAAACCAUGGAUCCUGUAUUAAGACCUCCUUACGGUGUGUCAGAUGGCCUGAUGGAUCUCCUGUCUGGACUCUUGCAGCCAUUUCCAGAGGAUCGCACAACGUUAGAAGUAGUAGUAAAGCAUCCUUGGGUGACACAAUAUGUGAACCUGGCCAACUACACAUGGGAAGAAGUAUUUGCCUCUGUCAAGUCAGAAGGCAGCCGUUUCAAAAUUUUCUCUACUGUCUGCAGUCAUGGUGGCAUCUGGGCAGCCCCGAGUAUAGAGAGCGAGCAAAGCUUUAAUGAUGAUCUCUAUAAUUUUGAACAGCCCAAUCCCCCGCCCACAAGAAUUGCCACUUCUUCAGAGCAAGAGCCGUCAACCUCCCUUCGGUGUCAGGACUGGAGAAGUCUGUGCUCUCAACAUCAUUUUGGUCUUCCUUAGCUGCUAAGGGAAAGUUGCCACAAGGAUAUGAAUUAUUUUGCUAUCUACAUGUUGUGAAUAAGUGGGAUCAUGCAAAUCUCUAUGCUCACUAUGAGUAGCUAUCACAUCUACAGGCUCUAGGAACCAACCAUGGAAUUAAAAAUCAAUGUAUGAGGUUUUUAAUGUGUAGAGACAAUACAAAUUAUCUCAUGACAUCUAGCAGAAUGGGUGCUGAUGUUGCUAGUGGAUAUAACAGGCAAUUACUUUCCUAUUCGUACAUUGCGAGUGUAUUCAUUGGGGCAGGCCCAUUCACUUUUAAUAAUAACUUGGUUGUCAUUACUGUUUACAACGGAAUCCUUUAUUGCCAAAGUGGCCUAGAUUACUCAACUUGUAGGAAUUACUUUUAAUUUUAGAUAUUUUGUAGAAACGCUACCUUUUAGUGCCUUUUUACUGGCAUACCAGACUAUCAUUUAUGUAUGGGGUCCAAUUGAGAUGGCUGAUAAUGUGAACUAACUACAUGGCAAAGGUACUCUAGAAAGAGUUUCUGAUGGCCCCAGAUUCUAACUUCAUUCUGUUGUAAGAUAUCAUCCAUUGUCAAAUCAUAUUCAUAGCCAAGAAGAUGGUCAACAUGAGCCAACAAUAAUUCCUUUCUUGAGUUUUUAGGACACUUAUAGUACUGAGGACUUUUUGGAGGUGAUAUCCAGCAGCUCAAUUCUUGCUUAUUAAGAGAAAAGAAAGGAUUUCUAAUGUUUUAUGUCACUAUUGUACUUUUAAGUGAAGUUUCCAUAUGUCUUCAGAGAACCCUAGUCAUACAAUUCUCAUUAAUUUUUUUAUUUCUUUUAAUUUUUUUUAAGAACCUAACCCAGUUGAGGGAAGCAGGCUUAGAAAUACUCCCCAAAUACUUUCAUAGUUUCUCUGGAAGCUAUGUGAAAUUUUGAAUUUUACGAUAGUAAUAGCUAUUUUUUAUAAAUGCUCAGACUACAUUUUAUACUUCACUUUUGAAUUUUUUUUGAAACAGCGUAUUAUUUUUUCCAAGUGAGUUGUACUGUAGCACAACACGAUAAUUUUUCAGUACUUCUGUUUAUGAAUAACAGGAAAUGUUCUGAAACAUGACUGUAUUUGCUGUUAAAGGUCUAGGCGUUUCAGCAAUAUAUCUUCAGAUUUUUUUUAUAGAAUAUAUUGAUUGUUAUUUUACUGGAAUCCAAUAUAAAAGCUUCAUGUCUUUCUUUUCUUGAAGGAAGAUAUGAAUCUGUAGUGAAGAAAAUAUUUGAAAGAGCCAUAUGAGCUCCUUUUCAAAACAGAUGGGAUGUAGACAAUAAUUUAAUUAAAAUCUGAUUAAUUUAAAAUAGGUUUCUCAGUGCCCUAGUUCCUCUGCUUAGGAGGAGUUGGAUUUUGGAGAAAUGUCUACUAAUUAUCAUAUUAUCCAAAAUCCUAAUGAGAUAUAUUCUAUGAAAUUACUGAAGAAAUUCCUGUUACUGGGUGCUGUUUUUUUUGGAGUGAAAUUAUCUUUAGUCAACUAAACUUUAACCUGAAUGCUCAGCCAUCUCGUGUGUCUGGAAUUUGUACUGUAGUCUGUAUUGUAAAACAUGGUAGCUUUUCUGAUUGCCAUGCUGUCUAUCCUAAUUGUCCCAAAGGGACACUAAAUGUUUGUAUCUUAACAUGUGUCCAUAAAUCUCAUCUUCCUGUCAA